CAGGGCACAUUGAACCAAUAGGUUAGACGGGGCGGAGCGACGGUGGCGCCGGCGGCAGCAGUGGAUUAGGUUGCGCGCUGCGCACGGGGUGGGAGCGGAGCCCAGGUUGGGAGCAGGCGCCACAGCCAGCCACCAUGGGGAACGUGUUGGCCGCUAGCUCUCCGCCCGCAGGCCCGCCGCCGCCGCCUGCGCCAGCCCUCGUGGGGCUGCCGCCGCCUCCGCCUUCGCCGCCGGGCUUUACGCUGCCGUCUCUCGGGGGUGGACUGGGCGCUGGAGCCGGCGCGGGCCGAGGUUCAGACCGGACACCCGGGACUGCAGCCUCCAGCGCUGCAGGGGCCGCUGAUGACGGGGCCUGCGGUUGCCUGCCCAACCCGGGCACGUUCGAGGAGUGCCACAGGAAGUGCAAGGAGCUGUUUCCUAUUCAGAUGGAGGGCGUCAAACUUACUGUCAACAAAGGGUUAAGUAACCAUUUCCAGGUGAACCACACAGUAGCUCUCAGCACAAUCGGCGAGUCCACCUACCACUUCGGGGUCACGUACGUGGGGACAAAACAGCUGAGUCCCACAGAGGCCUUCCCGGUGUUGGUGGGUGAUAUGGACAACAGCGGCAGCCUCAACGCCCAGAUCAUUCACCAGCUGGGCCCUGGCCUCAGGUCCAAGAUGGCCAUCCAGACGCAGCAGUCGAAGUUUGUGAACUGGCAGGUGGACGGGGAGUACCGGGGUUCGGACUUCACUGCUGCCGUCACCCUGGGGAACCCUGAUGUCUUGGUGGGUUCAGGAAUCCUCGUGGCCCACUACCUCCAGAGCAUCACACCAUGUCUGGCCCUGGGCGGAGAACUGGUCUACCACCGGCGACCCGGAGAGGAGGGCACCGUCAUGUCUCUAGCUGGGAAAUAUACACGAAACAAUUGGCUGGCAACAGUGACACUAGGCCAGGCGGGCAUGCACGCAACGUACUACCACAAAGCCAGCGACCAGCUGCAGGUGGGUGUGGAGUUCGAAGCCAGCACGAGGAUGCAGGAUACCAGUGUCUCCUUCGGGUACCAGCUGGACCUGCCCAAGGCCAACCUCCUCUUCAAAGGCUCGGUAGACAGCAACUGGAUCGUGGGAGCCACGCUGGAGAAGAAGCUGCCGCCACUGCCCCUGACGCUGGCGCUCGGGGCCUUCCUGAACCACCGCAAGAACAAGUUUCAGUGCGGCUUCGGGCUUACCAUCGGCUGAGCCUGCGCCCCCAGAUCCUGCCUCCGCCCCCUCCACAAGGAGGGCGCCCUGGCCCCCCUCCUUUCCCUCCCUCCUGGGGGUCGGGGGCAGCGGAAAGGAGGGGGCCACCACCCCGCAGCUGAGGAGGGGGUCCUGGGACCGAGGGUUCUGAGCGCAAGGGGCCGGGAGCCCACUGGGCCUGGGUGCUCGAGGGGAAGCGGAGUCCAGGAGCACGGACUGCGCCGGGUACGGGCGGCAGCAGCACAACCUCAGGAAGGAGUGGCGUGGUGACCCGCAGAGCCGCUGGGCUGCCAGAGGAGCGCCCUGCCGUCGGCCCGUCCCGCCCGCUCUCCCUCUACCCCUCGGUAUAAAUCAUGUUUAUAAGUUA